CAGUACAUAAGUACAAGUUAAGAUGUGCUUAUGUACAAGAUAGAAGUAUGUGUUGUUAGAACACAAGUCUAUGUUUACAAACAAUAGAUGUAUUCUUGCUUGUCAUCUAAUAACAGUGAACACAGUUACUGCUUUAGACCCGGAGCUAUGUCUCCUCCGACCUUCUCCGAUUUCCUUGAACCCGAUCUAGUGCAGAGGGUUGGAACAAGACUGGAGCUAACAGUAUCAGUGGAACCUGAUCAGAAGGGAGGAAAGGUAUUUUUCGAAUGGCGCGGACCUGCCACAUCAUCAACAGAGGACGGUCGUGUUAAUAUCUCGGAGCAGGGAAACCUUAGUACUGCAACCAUCAUUCCUUUAUCUUUACAGGACCAGGGUAUAUGGACCUGCUCUGCAAAGAACAAACAUGGAAUUGCCCAGACAAAGUGUAACGUUAUCGCUCAAGUCCCGAAGAGCUACAAGGCCCCUGUAUUCCUGGAAGAGCUGACCGCUGGUAUUACUGAAGUUGGAACUGUAUCACUAGAAUGCAAGGUGGUCGGGAUACCGUCCCCAACCUUGAAAUGGUUCAGGGACGGAGAGGAGAUCAAGUCAGGAGAUGUAUUUGCGCUACAGGCCCGCUUCGACAAACCUGUAUCUGUAUACCGUUGUGAUGCAUUUAAUUGUAUGGGAACAGCAAACAACUAUUUAAACUCUCUGUGUAGGUCAACUGGUCCUCCUACUCUACUGGAAGGAUUGACAGAUAAGAAGGUUAAAAUAGGAGAAAUCGUUGAACUCAGUGUUACAGUGACCCGUCUCAGUCUACCGGUCAGAGUGGUUUGGGCCAAUCAUGGAAACCAGAUUGCAGUAGGAGACAAGUACAGUGUAGCAGAGAACGGAGAAGGAAGGUUCUCAGUGAUCAUCAAUCCUGUUGAACUAUGUGAUGAUGGAGAAUGGAAGGUAAAUGCUUAUUGCUUAUCAUUAGUUCCUAAGAACUACCGACGCCCCAAGUUUGUUGAGGAUUUGAAGGCAGUUCUAACAAAGGAAGGAUUAGUCUCCUUCGAGUGUAAAGUUGUCGGGUUCCCAACUCCUGUUCUAAGAUGGUUUAAAGAUGGAUCUGAACUAAAGCCUGGAGAUGUGUAUCAGCUCAGUGGAAGCAAAUCCCUCGGUACCUAUUCUUGUUUGGCAAGAAACUGUAUGGGUGAGGGUGCUAGUACAGCCUCCUUGACUGUAGAGGAUAUCGGAGAGAAGUUUCCUGAUACUAAAUCCCAGCUGAGGUUCCUGGUUCCUCUUCAGGAUACUAAUAUCAAGAUCGGAGAAACUCAGAGGUUCUCCGUUCAAGUGACCUACAGUCCCUGUCUUGAGAUAUGCUGGAAGCACAAGGAGGAGAAGGUUGUGAGUGGGAACAGAGUAAACCUGAGCAGGGAGGAUGGAGGAUACUUUCAUUGUGACAUCAAGAAUGCAUCAACACAGGACGAGGGUGAGUGGAGUGUGGUAGCUAAGGAUUCUAGUAAUGAAAUCAAGUCUAGUUGUAUACUAUCAGUAAAUAUCCCUAAGCACUACAAGAAACCAAGAUUCCUAGAACCCCUGAAAGCUGUUCUAACUGAUGAGGGAGCAGUUAAUCUUGAAUGCAAGGUUAUAGGAGUACCUCAACCAGUUCUAUCUUGGUAUAAGGAUGGAGUUGAACUCAAGGCUGGAGAUAUCCAUCGUCUGAUGUCUGGAGCUGAUGGUACAUGUUGCCUGGGUACAUAUACUUGUGUGGCCACCAACUGCAUGGGAAAUGUUACAAGCUCCGCAGCACUUCUAGGUUAUGAGGAGCCCAAUGAGAUUGAACACGCUAUAUCACAGGAUCUGCAGACACCAGAUAUCAGUGAUGGAAACCUUAAACCCUUCUCCUUGUCCACUAUUCAGGAGGAGAGAACUUCUCAGAUGUUUAGUCCAGAAGCUCAGGAGAACACUAACCAGCAUUCAGAGACUUUACAGAACAGUACUGAGGACCAUGAACCUAUCAGUAUAUCUAUAGGGAAGGCCGAUGCAGCUGGAGAUUUGAGUAUAUCUAUUGGAAACCAGGAGCUUACUCUGUCCUUAUACCAGACACCAGACCUAACUGAACGGGAUGCAAGACAUGUUUGUGAAAUGUUUGCAGAAGAAUUAGCUGAAUCUGUUACCGAGAGCAAAUAUGUGGAGCUUCCACCACUCAGGUUUAUGAGAGAGACGGCAAAGUCAUCAAACAUUAACAUGGAGGCAAUUAUCAUUGAUAUAGAUCAGCAGGGGUUUGAAGAGUAUGAAUCCCUCCGUCUAGCACUGGAGAAUGUUGAUGAUCUGAAGACUGAAGCUGAUAUUGAUGAAGUCUCUAUGGCAGAAUGGAUUGAAGAACCUGUAAAUGUUAGAGAAUAUGAAGCUCUUGCCUGUGAGGAAAUUUUUGAGUUAGAUGAUGAUAGAAAUGAAAUUGUCCAGAUAAUGACUGAAAGUGAGAAAUUACAGAUGCUCUCUGAAAGUAAUAUUAAAAAAGAGGAAGUAUACAGCCCCGAUGCAACAUCAGCAAGUCUAGGAAAAGAUGAAAACUCAGUGUCUAAAGAUUUAAUCUCUGACAGCCUGACAAAAAAGCAGAAAGAAGUAAAGGAAAAAGCAGCGGAAGCAAAGCAAAAGUCUGCACAAAAACCUGCUUCACAUGGCACAAGUAAUACAGAAAACUCACAAAAGGAACAAGAUAACAAAAGUUUAAUUAGUGCCCCAGGAAAUGAAUUACAGAAAGAUUCAAUAAAAACAGAUUUAAUUCAGACACGUACCAAAGAGAAAAAUAAUGAAAUAAAGGACAUGAAUUCAGAGUUAAAAAUAACAGAAGCAAACAUCUCUGAAACUCUAGCAAUAAUUGAAGAAAGUAAGCUUGAGAAAAAUGACCUGUCUUUAAAGCACAAUAUUCAUGAAAAUGUUGAAACAUUAACAACUCAUGAUCCUAAACCUAUAUCUUCUACUUCUGAGAGAGGAGAAGUUAAGGGACAGGCUGAGAUAUUAAAUGACACUGUUAUUAUUGAUCGGCAUAAUUCCAGUAAAAGAGAUCGCAGUGAAUGUUUAAUUUCUAAAAAUAAAGAAGAAGAACCCUCUGUAAAAACGUCUAACAAUGAAUCCAUAAUUCUAACAGCUAAUGAGACUAAACCAGAGGAGAAAAUUACAAUCUCAAAUGAAAUAGAAAAAUCAAUCAAUCAAUUGACCUCCCCAGAUGAAAAGAAACAGAUUGAAACCGAAGAAUUAAUAUCAGAAGCAUCUAUCAAAACCUUAAAUAAACAAGAACCUGCUGAAGUUUCAGCACAAGGAGGAUCAAUAGUAAAAACUGCAGAAGAUUCAUUGGCAUCAAGUAAUCAAGAAAUAAAAAAUGAGGAUUCUACAGAAAAUAAAACAAAAGAACCAAAAAGAAAAUCAAAUGAAAAUGAAAAUGUGAGUAGAACUGAUGAUCAAAAGACUAAUGACAUUGAAACAGUAACUCCUGAAGUAGAUGGGUCAGAUGAGAAAAUUGCUUCUAAGGUGGAGGAAAAUAAGCUUUCAGAGGAAAUAUUAGCAGGGCAAGAUGAUAAACUUGAAGAUAUAACCACUGAACAGACUAAACAGCAAGAGUCUUCAAUAGUUAAAGAAAAGUCGGUGGUAAAUGUUAAAGGUAUAAUCACAGGAGAAGAAGGAACUGAAACAACAAUAGAUGGUACACCAGACGUCAAAGACCCCAAAGUAUCAGAAGAAGAAAAGAUUGAAACAAAAUCACCAAAAGAUAAAGAUAGACAAUCUACAAAAGAAACAGAAACUGAAGAAGUCACAAAAACAACAGAGAAUGAAAGUACAUCAUCCUCUUCUCAUGUGAUUUCAGAUCUAGGUGAUAAGAUUCUUAAUAAAGAAGUUGUUGUUGGGGACCAAAAUAACCCAAACCAACCAAAUGAAGGAUUUGAGGGUGCAUUGACAAAGAAGCAAAAAGAGAUAAAAGAAAAAGCAUUAGCUUCUAAAAAUAAAUGUGCUUUAGCUUCUCCCCAACUAUCGUCUAAAACUGAUUCAAAAUCUAAGGAUGCUGUAAGUAGUAUAGAAAAUGAUUUGGAAGAGCAAAUCUUACCAACAGACCCAUUAAUGGAGGAAAUAUCUAAAGAUAAUCCUGAGGUUGUCAAGAUUCCUGCAAAAAGAACAGCUUUAGAAAUAUUAGCUUUAGACAUACUUGAAAUUCACAAACCAAUAUUUGAAAUGACGCAAAUACCAGAACUUACUGGAGAAGUAGUAGAGCAGUCCAAACCUGUAACAAGACAAACAAGUGUGGUAGACAGCGAGUCUCUGCCUGAUAUUGAAACUUUUAAUAAGGAGGAUCCCAUUAAAGCAGAAAACAAAUAUGCUCUUGAUGAUGAUGAUGAAGAUUUUGAGUUUGAUGAAGAAGCUUAUCGCAGACAAAGACGAGCCAGUAGCUAUGAAGAUGCUAUUGCUAACAUGGAUCCAGACAUUUUGAAAGAGUUAGGGAUCUCAACCGGAGAUACAAUGUACAAAUCAUCAAAUGAACAGUUUGAUCUUGAUCAGCUUCCAGUAGAAACUACGAUGGAAAGAAUGAGUAGAAUAGAAGAAAAAGCAUUACAAAUUGCACUGGAAGAAGACAUAGUGCCAAGGAAAUCUAGAUCAAGAUCAAGAUCAAGGUCAAAGUCUAGACCUCCAGGACUUGAUACUGUCAUUGAAAAAAGCAAGGAGGAAAAGGCAGAAGCUAAGUAUUAUGAGGAAAAGGGACUCAUGGCUUUACCAUCUUUAGAUACAAUAAAAGAAAGCCCCUCCACUGCAUCUGUAGUUGGACUUCUUUACGGUGGCUUCUCAUCAGCUUCAAUAAACACUGUGUUACAGGGAAGCCAAUCUUCUGCAUCAGUUCAUAAAGAUCUUGAAGAUAUGGCAACUCUUUCUCCUAGAGUUAAACAGAAGUUUGAGCAUGAUAAGAUCAAAGAGGUAGAUGAACCAGCAAUAGAAAACUUAGAAUCAACGGUUUCAUCAUUAAAUACUGAAAAGGAUAACUUAUAUGCCAGUCAAAGAGAGCCCAAAGAACCUACUGUUUCAUGUUCAAAUGUUGAUAAUAUCACUUCUCAUCAAAAUGAGCCAGAACUUACUGUUACGGAUGAGACUGAGGUUCUAGGUAGAAAUGAACAAUGUGAACAAAUUGCACCCAAUAGCACUUUAGAAAAGGAUUUGAUGGAUAAGAGUAGAAUUGAUUCUGGAAUUGAGGUGAGUACACAAGAUGAAGAUUCAGUUAAACCUGUGACUAAGUCAAGGAAAAAGAAAGCACAAAGAACACAAACUAAACAAAUUCUUCCUGGAAAUGAUGAUGAUGAAAAAUUAUUAGAUAUUGACUCUAUGACUGAUGAACCCCAGGAAUAUACUUCAAAUCUCAAGACACCAAUUGAAAACACAACCGCUUCUGAGACUCCAUCUGAACAUCAACAAGAGGAAUCUGAUAUUCCACAAGUGGUAAUAAGCAGUGAGCUCAUUAAAGAAAUGAAGCUUGACCUUACAUCAGAUAUCAAUGAAAAUGUGAAAGAAACUGUUGACAAAACUCUUGAGCCCUUACAGAACCAAGUUGAGCCACAUGAAAAAGAUAAAAAGAAAACCAAUGCAACUGAAGACAUUGCAGUGGUUCCUGAGCUUCAUAAAAAGGAGAGUCUCAAGAAAGAAAUUGAUCUGGAUGAUACACCAAAUGAAAAAGAAACUCAUUGGGUAAAAGAGCCUGCUCAAACAAACCUUGACGCUGUGAAAGAUAAUAUUGACCUAUUUGAUAAGGCAGAUAAAAAGGAAAUUGUAGAUAAUAACAUGGUUUUUGAUGUUUGUUCAAACAACAAACUUGGAGAUAAAAAUGUGCUCAGUCUUGUUUCAGAUACCAAUCAAAUUUUAAAAGACACUGCUACUAAGCUUGCAACGGAUCAAGUUGAUCAACCUGUUAACGCAAAAAAGAAUAAUCAAGAAAUCAAAAAUAAGAAGAAUGAAGAUGAGAUUGAUAAUGUUCAACAGGAGCAACCUGAAUCAGAAGAGGUCACCGAUGAUUUGAAUACAAACAAGAAAAAAGAGCAGAGCUCUGAUGUAGGUUUUACACUAGAUACUGGAAAACCAAAAGAGAAAACAGCAAUGUUUAUUGUUCCUGGAUAUGUUGAGAAAGAUGAUGAUCUCCUUGAAGGUCCUGAAUUUGAUUCUGUUAUUAUCAAUACUACUUUUACAGAAGCUGAAAAUGAAACAUUUGAUGCAAAGAAAGAGUCCAUCAGCAAAGAAGAAACAGAAACAGCAAUGAAUCUAGAAGAGGAAAUUAUAAAUAAGCAGGAGAAACAUUUUGAAAUUGAAAGCAAAACAGAUGUAAGGACAAAUGAUAAGGAAAAUAAAAAAUUCAAAGAAGAAAAAGAAAGAAUCAACCAGGAAGAAGAAAUUAAAAAGGAGAAAGAAAAAAUUGAAAAGGAAAACACAGCUUUGAAGAAACAACAAGAAGAAAUUGAAAAACAAGAAAUAGAAAGGAAAAAACUAGAAGAUAAAAUUAAGAAACAAGAGGAACUUAAAAGGCAAGAAGAGGAAAUUAAGAGACUAGAAGAGGAAAGAAAGAAACAUGAAGAAGAAGAAAAUAAGAAGCAAGAAGCAGAAGACAGGAAGAGACAAGAAGAGAAUGAAAUCAGAAGACAAAAAGAAGAGAAAGAAAAGAAGAAACUAAAAGAAGAUGAAAUAAAAAAACAGGAAGAAGAGGACAAAAAGAAUCAAAUAGAAGAAAAAGCAAAAUGGGAGAAAAAAGAAGAAAAAGAGAGAAAACAAGAAGAAGAGAAAAAGAAAAAAGAAGAAGAAGAAAGAAGAAAGGAAGAAGAAGAAAAAAGAAAGGAAGAAGAAAAAAUGAAGGCGCUUGAAAAAGAAGAAAAAAGAAAGGAAGGAGAAGAAAAAAGAAAGGAAGAGGAAAAAAGGAAGGCACUUGAAAAAGAAGAAAAACUGAAACAAGCUGAAAAAGAAAAAGCUGAAGCAAAGGCCUUAGAGGAGGAGAAAAUUAGAAGAAAAGAAGAAGAAAAGAAUUUGGAAGAGGAGAAAAUCCAGAAAGAAAAAGAAGAAAAGAAGUUGGAAGAGGAGAAAAGAAAGAUAUUGGAGGAAAAGCUGAAAAAAGAAGCUGAGGAAAAGCUGAAAAAAGAAGCUAAUGAAAAGGAAAAACAAGAAUCGGCAAAGAAGGCAGAGAAAGAAGAGCAGGAAAGAAAAGAAAAAGAGGAAAAGGCCAAAAAGGAGUUGACAGAAAAACGUUUAAGAGAAGAAUUAGAAAUGAAAAAGAAGCAAGAGGAAACUGCUAAAAAAGAAGCAGAAGAAAAAAGCAGAAAAGAAGAGGUUGAAAGAAAAAAGAGGGAGAAGGAAGAACAAGAAAAGACCAGAAAAGAAGAAGAAGAAGCUAGACUAAAAGAGGAGGAAAGAAAAGAAUUGGAAAAGAAGAAAAAGGAAGAGCAAAGAAUACAACAAGAAAAGAAAAUGGAAGAGGAGAAGGCAAAGCAGAUUUUAAAAGAGAAAGAAGAAAAGCUCCAAGAAAUAGAAAGACAAAAGGCUGAACAGAAUAAGAAAAAAGAGGCAGAGGACAAGAAAAUGAAAGAAAAAGAUAGGAAAGAAGCUCAAGAAAAUAAAAAUAAAAAAGAACCUGGAGAGAAAAUACCAACCUCUGAAAAGAAAACAAAGGCUUUAAGAAAACAGACAGUGGAUCAAAAGAGAACACCUGAAAGACGUCUUGAAGAAAAAAGUGAACACAAAGAUGUCAAGCAAGAUUUAAGCAAGGGCUUUGAUGAGUUUUCUAAAUCUAAUCAGGAAUCUCUUGGUAACUCCCAGUCUGCAGAUGUUAUGAAUGCCUAUUGCAAAGCCCAGAAGUCUGAUACUUAUUCUAUGAAGUCCUUUGGUACUGAGACAAAAGAUUCAGGAUAUCAUUCUUCCCAAGGAGGUCGCUUGUCCUCUAGUGAAAGGUCUAAGUUUGAUUAUGGACUGGAAAACCAGCAUUCAUCAUCAUAUGACAGCAGAACUAGGAAUAUUAGUGGAGAUUCUUAUUAUAAAGAAACUGUUGAAAAAUCAAUGCAAACUUCAAAUAAUCUAAUGUCUAUGGUCACUGGAUCUUUAGCACCCAAACCUGAACCCUCUAGACCUAAGCCUCAGGCACAAAAAGUAGAACCUAAAAACAAAGCUUCUGAAUCACGAAUGAAUAAGAGCAAGGCUGAGGAAAGUAAAACCACACCCCCUGGUGGCGUAUCAGAUAUCAUGAUUAAAGAGGUUGGUUGCAACUGGGUCUCUCUGUGUUGGAAGAAGCCAGCUGUUACAAGGGGCUCCCCAAUACUAACCUACAAGGUUGAAGCUUGGCUGUGUGGAGAGGGUGCUUUCUGGGUGGAGAUUGGUCGCACACCUAUUCCUCAGUAUGAUGUGUUUAACCUGAAACCAAACAAAUGUUAUCAUUUUAGAGUCACAGCUCGUAAUAAACAAGGCUGGGGAGACUCCAUCAUGACUACACAUAAAGUGGAUUUGAAUAAACCUACACAGAUGCCAAAAAUCAGCUCUGAACUUGAUCCAAUUGUUAAAACAUUUAGUGGGUCUGACCUCCGCCUUGCAGUAAGUGUAAGCGGUGAACCAUCUCCUAGUAUUAAGUGGAUGAGGGAUAAUGAAGAUAUUAACACCCUGGAAGGGUAUAAUGUGUACCAGGAUGAGAUAGGUUGCUAUGUAGAAAUAUCAAAUAUAAAUUCCAGCUAUGCUGGAAAGUAUACUGUCACUGCUAGCAACCUUGCUGGAAGAGCAUCCAAAUCAAUAAUGGUCCAAGUUCUGAAUGAUGAAAAUAUAUAUCAAGCUUAUUCAAAAUUCAAAAGUUGGCAGCACCUAGUAAGAUCUCCACUACCUCCUUUUAUGCUAAAUGGACCACGGGAUCGAAGAGUUCAGACAGGACUCUCAAUACAGCUCACUUGCAGAGUUAUUGGAAACCCUUGGCCCCAUGUUCGUUGGUUCAAAGAUGAUGAUCAAAUAAUACCAGAUGAUUACACGAACGUUUACAAUGAAGGAGACUUUCAGCAUGUCCAAGUAGAUGAUAUCACAAUGGACCAUCAGGGGAAAUAUAGUGUUGAAGCCUUUAAUGAACAUGGUAUCAUUACUAGUCAUUUUACAGUGAUAGUAGACAAUGGACUGGAAAGAUACAUGCCACCAUUUUUCACACGAGAACUGAGCGAUAUCUUUGUAAGAAAGGGAUGUAACCUACUUCUUCAUUGCAGAGUUGAAUCUUUCCCCUACAUCGGAGUAACUUGGCAUGAAUCUGGGUCUAAAAUAAGACUUCGAGAAACAGAUUACAAGAUAGUUGACGAGGAUGGCAAUGUUAUUCUUGUAAUUGCCAAUAUCACUGAGACUAAUUCCUACAGCUGUUCAAUAAUUAAUGAGAUUGCUGAGAAUUCCACCUCUUGUCUUGUUACGGUUGUUGAAGACCAGCACCAUCUAACUGUUGACGAGGACCUUAUUAGGCAUUCAUUGACCCCACGGUUUUUAAGUUGGCCUAAGAAUCAGUUUGUAUCAGUAGGAGAAACAGUUAGCAUUGAAUGUACAGUGGAUGGAUGCAACUCUAUCUGGUUAUCCAGAGAACUUAUGCCGCAAAGUAUUGAUCCAAAUGUGAAACAGCUAAAUAAAUCUGGAAAUACAUUUUCAAUACAGAUUCCAAACAUAUCACUAGAACAGUCCGGACUUUACUUUAUAACUGCCAGAAACUCCCAUUGUGAGGAGAAGUACCCUGUAAUUAUUCGUGUCCAGUCCCAUCAAGAUCUGAACUCUGUAGAUACCUGUGCCAUAGAGAACAGUUGCGGAGCUCCAGUAUUGCAAGAAUCUGGUCCUCUGUACACCAGGGAUGGGGAUAAUGUUGUUAUAAAAGCUUCUCUACUAGCUGGUCAACCUCCCUUCAAUAUAUCCUGGAAAUUCAACAAUAAGAAUGUAGUGUGGAGUGAGCGUGUACAGGUGUACAAUAAGCCUGGUUGUAUUGGUGUACAACUAACCAGGGUAGGGGUAGAUGAUGAAGGAACAUAUUCAUGUACAGUUUCAAACUCUCAUGGUUCAGCAACCUACAGUGCUACUCUUCUAGUCGACUAUGCUGAGCAUAAGGAGAGUGAGAUAAUGGUCGAGCUUUGUAACUGUCCUAUGCUAGAUACAAUCACACCUCUGAUGUCCUGGACCAAUACUCCUAUAGCCACCCCUCGGAGAACUCCUAUUCCCACCCCACAUGGAACACCACUCAUGACUCCACGUGCCACACCCCGUUGUACACCCCGAACCACCCCUCGAGCCACACCCACCCCCAGCCUGGGAAGGCGUGGCUACGACUACAGGUCCCCAUCAGUCUGUUCAAAUUAUUCCACUAUAGAAGAUUUGAUUCUGCCUCCGCCGAGACGGAAGUUUGUUCAAGCUCCGGAGAUAUUCUCAUCCUUCACCAGUAAGACUUGUGAUGAGGGAAGUAUGGUUGAGUUUAAAUGUUUUAUAUCCUGUGCCCCGCUGACAACAACUACCUGGGAGAAGGAUAAUAUGCCGGUUAUCUCAGGAAGUCAUAUCGUCUGCACAGAGAAGACUGGGGUACGUAUCCUGACUGUCCAUGAUAUUCGAGUGGAGGAUGCUGGAAACUACAGAAUGACGAUAACAAAUAAAUCUGGAGUUUCAACCUGCUCAGCAGUUCUCACAGUUAAACGUAAGAAGUUGGUUCCUUCCUCUCAGUUGACCGCAACUAGAUCAGCGUACAGCAGGGGGAGGUCAUACAGUACAUACUCUUAUAAUUCUGUCAGGUAUUUAUGAUGUGUUGAAAAUGAAGAUUGUAAAUUAUUGUAACUGUUAAACCUGUUUAAAUAAAUUUGUUAAAUUCA